AUGCUGGCGCUCACUUCCUUAUCCCCGCGGCCUUCCCCGUCUCCGGCCACGCCUCCUCACCGCCGGCCGCCGCCGCCCCGCGGCCGUAUCCGGCCCACAUCCGCCGUCGCAACGGCCGCAUCCGACGGCGGCGGCGCGGGCGACGACUACCACUCGACCAUCCGCUCACUCAACUCGCACGGCCGCCGCCACGUCCCCCGCAAAUCCCUCGGUCAGAACUACAUGCUGAACGCGAGGGUGAACGAGGAGCUGGUGGCGGCGGCGGGGGUAGAGGUAGGGGACGUCGUGCUCGAGAUAGGACCCGGGACGGGCUCGCUCACCGCCGCUCUGCUCGCCGCCGGCGCCACCGUCGUCGCCGUCGAGAAGGAUAAGCAUAUGGCUACACUUGUGAGAGAUAGGUUUGGAUCCACAGAGCAAUUGAAGGUCAUUGAAGAAGAUAUUACAAAAUUUCACGUUCACUCCCAUUUUCUCCCUAUCCUGGACGAGAAAUCCCGUGGCACGAAAAAAUAUGCCAAGGUUGUAGCAAACUUACCAUUCAAUGUCAGCACUGAAGUUGUCAAACAAAUUCUCCCAAUGGGAGAUGUUUUCUCUGUCAUGGUGCUCAUGCUUCAGGAUGAAGCAGCGCUACGCCUUGCAAAUGCUUCAAUACAAACACCAGAGUACCGACCUAUCAAUGUGUUUGUGAAUUUCUACUCUGAACCCGAAUACAAGUUCAAGGUAGAGAGGGCCAACUUUUUCCCUCAACCGACGGUUGACGGUGGUGUUAUAAGGUUUAAAAUAAAGGAUGCUGGGGAGUAUCCGCCUGUUAGUUCUAACAAAAGUUUUUUUUCAAUGGUGAACUCCGCGUUCAAUGGGAAGCGCAAGAUGCUUCGGAAAUCACUUCAACACCUAUAUUCUUCUGUUGAAAUCGAGGCCGCUCUUACCAAUAUCGGUCUUCCGCCUACAGCUAGACCGUCGGAACUGAUGAUGGAUGAUUUCGUGAGGUUGCACAAUCACCUGGGAAAAGUAUGACCACCCCUGCAUUCAAAAUGCGUAUGGAAUCAUCUUAUUGGUUUGCUCGCUGGACUAUGCAUGCCUCUGAAGUGAUUUUGUUCCCAGCUAGAGGGCACUGCAACUUGCAGAUCAUCCUUGCUGACAGUGACCGCCUAGUAUUCUUCAGCAGUCCCACAGCCUUCACCGCAACAUAAUUGGUGGCACAGCUUCAGCCCACGGUGUCCUUGCAUGGAUGAUCAUAGUGAUUGUGCUAUAAGUUCAAAACCAAUGAUAAUGCGCAGGGCAUGAUUUGCUCGCACAAGAAUUGCAGUUCUUUUCCUUAUCGCAGAUAGCAUCCCUGCAAGAGGGAAGAUACGCGGGCGUUGCAUGUGUAUAAUUUACUGCAACUAUCUAUCCUCUUGUACUAAUCUUCGCAGGUUGGAGGCAGAAAUGUAGGGAUCAAAUGUCUGUCAGAACAAUCUGAAGACCAGGCAAAGAUGCUAGCUGCUCAUAGUAAAUUGCCAAUAGCGUUUUUAUGUGUGGACAUAGAUGGUAGAUAGAGGUACAGCCAUUGCAUUUUGAGCUUAAGUUUUGGCUAUAAACUGCAACAAAAAGGUGCAAAUGCUCAGUGUUUGAGUGAGCGAUAUUCUGCUGUUUUUUUA